CUUGAGUGGGCAGCCUGAUGAUACUCUGCUUUCAACAACUUUUAUUUUACUAGCAAACAGCACUGUAGCCUACUCUAUUCUACACGUUUCUCUUAACGAAAUGGGCCACAAUUCUGAGAAUUGCUCUGAUGACUUGGAUACAUUUUGGCAUGAGUAAAACAUGUGUGCCGUGUUUUACAUUCACAGCAUCCGAUUCGACCAGGUAAACUCGACAUGCUGCAACGAUUGUCUUUAUUUUAAAUCCAGUUUCGAUGUUGCUACGUUUUUAUCAGUGCACAGCGCGCACUUGUGGUCUACAAACAAAUCUUAUUUUCGAUCAGGGUACGAAUUUAGUCCAAACUGUGGCAGGUAUGACAAUGGGGGAGCAGCGGAAAGACCGUAUGCCGCCCAGAGCUUCAAUAACGGGAGCUUCGUGAAAUGCCAACACUGUUUUCGCUGCCCUCCAAAUCAUCAAAGGCUGUCCGAAUGCAAUGCAACGACAGACACACAAUGCUGCGUAGCGAGGUCCAAUGGUCAACAACAUUAAGGGUCCAAGUGUCAACAUCAAAUCCCACCACAGCCAAACACAUUGAUCCAAGAUUACAUGGUGAUUCUGUAACUUCACAUGUCAACCAUCAGACUGCAUAUAAGGAACAUAAGCCAUGCUUCAUGGUCAGCCUUAAAGACUGCCUCCCAUCAGACAAUAUCCUGUAUACCAACCAACAUUCACGGAGCAAUAAGACAACAGCAGCUGUCAAUGAAGAGGUUGCUCUGCUACAGUCAGAGACCAGGAGCCUAGAGGACAUUUUGAGUUCUGACCUCCAGUCUGCGAUACUUCAGACGGUUCUGGACAACCUGGAUGUUCUAGAGGAGCUUGUGAUCCUGCUGGACCCGGAGAGCCCUGGGGUGAAGAACACCAGCCACCUAGCAUCUCGCUGCUCCUUCCCCGCCACCUGGAUUACCUACACCUACUCCCCGAGGGAGAGCAAGAGCCCCCUGAGGGCCGUGCUGGAGGGGGUCACCACCAAACACCCAGAGUGGACUGUAGGACACCUGGCCAGGUUGCUGAGAGAGAUGGACCGGAACGACGCAGUGGUGGUGCUCACCAAGCUCAGCUUGCUUAAGGUGUUCUAGUCUGGGUGUGUUCUGUGUUGGGUCCGGAAGAGAUGGCUCCAUCCUGAUACAACCGCGAGUCUCUACCCCCUGCCAAGGCACUGAGAUAUAACAGGAGGGCCAGUAGGAGGCAUGCUUUUCUUGGGGACCCCAAAGCCCCAAGGCAGUGAUUGGGAACACUUGCAUUAGGGUUCAAGUAAGAUAUUUAACUGCGAUAACCUGGCACUUAUCACUUAAAGCAGGGAUGUUAAUCCCGGUGUCCUGAAAAAAAUGGAGCUACACACUCUAGGUUAGUAUAUUAUUGCAUCUGAGCUCCUAAUAACCAACGUUUCGACAGACAAGCUGUCUUCAUCAGGGUAUAAUGACAAACACUGUGGGGUGACUAGUUUAUAUUGUGUCAAAGGACACACACACACAAGUGUCUGUAAUCAUGACCGGGUGUGGCUUGAUAUCAUUGGUUAAUUUUCAGAUAUAAAUAGAACAUACAUGAAUGGAUAGCAUACAAUCAUAGAUAACAUUUUGCUACAUAGGCCUACAAACAUUUAUAAUGAAUAGCAAGAUCACAGUAAUGGCUUCAGAUCAAAGUCUACGUUGAGACUGAGGGGAGCAAGGGUCUUUAAAGUAAAGAUCCAGGCAGCCUCUCGUUUUAACGAAUUGUCGAGGUCACCCCCUCUCCUUGGGAGAGGUGCCGAUAUAACGUAGGGACGAAAUUGAGUGUUCAUUUUUACCACAAGGACAAGUUGUAAGAUAAAUAACUGCUUUAGCAGAGCACGUGAUAACACCUUUGAUCGGGAUCGGUUUCCCUGUUUGGGGGUGUUUAAAGGAUCUACAUUUGUAAGUGACAUUGUAUUGAGCGCAGCUGUUACACUUGUAGUCUCCAUCCGGUAGAGGUGCUAAUAGACAUUGUGCAGGAGUAUUUUGGGGUGGUAAAUAAGUUCACCAAUUGAUCAGAUUUCUGCCCCGUGAAAAUAUGACCAAGGGAGGGUCCGAAAACACAUUACCGAGGGUGUCAUCGGAUCGUAGAAUGUGGCAAUGUUUGUGAACGAUUUCCAUCAUUUGUUCAGAGCACUUUAAAUGAGGGGUAGUGAGGAUGCAAGAAUGCUUCUUUUUGUGAGAUUGUCCUUGAAAGAGAUUAAGGGACAUUUUGUUUUUGCCAUUCUUAUCUAAUUUCUGUGUUCAUGCAAGUGGCUGACUGGACAAAUCACACCUAUGAGUAGCUGCAAUUUGGCAGUAGGCCCAGACCGUGUUUUGAGAACAAACAAAAGAUCUGUUUCAAGGUAUCAGCUUAGAGAAAGAAUCCUUGUGAUGUGUUGGUCUGUCACAUUAUGAAACCGUAUUGGUGGGUAACAUGGAUGAAACAAAACGGUAAUGAUGAAUGAAUUAUGCCAAAUCAUGCAAAUAUAACUAGUCUUAUAUACGGCUAUACACAGACAACGGUUGGGACAUGCAAGUUUUUCUGACAGACAUGUGUACUAUGAUGCAUUGAGUUGGUUGGAACCUCUCCAGCACGCUGACAAAUAAACAAUUAUUCAGUUAAGAUUGAGUGUCCCUGUGUAAGAAUUAGUUAUGGAUUUUUGUACCCCCUCUCCUAGAAUUAUUUUUGCAUCUCAGCCAUAUCUGUCAAUCUGAUUGUUUUUUAUUCGACAGAAUUGGCUGUAGGGCAAACUGUAUUUCAUGGGAAGAGGGUGACAGCUAUCAGCCCUAAAACUGUUAUGAUCAAUAGGUUUCCUGUAAAGAUCAGUAUAUAGAACAUUAUCCUCACACAAAAUCGGAAGAUCAAGGAAACUGAUUUGAUGUGCGUCAGAUCUCAGGCGCUCAGAACAAGUGUUAAGUUCCCAACCUGGCCCUCACAAUCAUUUUCAUCUUAUGUCAAACGUAAUAUCACCAACCAAUGAUAUUGCUGUAUUUAUACAUUGCUUGUUAUAUAAAUGUCAUAUUAGCAUUUGUUUAAUUCAAUUUUCAAAUGAUCAACUCCAAUUUGUUCAAACAUCUUAACAUCUUUAUUAAGCAAAUAACAUUAUAAAUAAAAAAAGUGCAUAGAAAAAUUAAACGGGUUUAGAAAUAUGUAUACAAUUAUUUACAAACUCAGGGUUUAUUUGUACAAGGUAACAAAGACAAGUUCACACAUAUUUUCAUGUCUUUAACACUUUGUUAUACUUUAAAAUAACCCUACCAUAUAGAACAUACAGCUUUCUGAACCAGUUCUGGGAGAGAUCGUCAUGGUAACUUCAGGUUUCCAACUAGUGCUUUGCAUGUUUCAUGGAACACACAGGCCAGCUCUGCAGGACAUUAAAACCAAGUUACUCUUA